AUGACGAUCCACAGCCACGCGCCAGAAAGCGGUGCCAUAGACCAAGAAUGGGCGCCUGUUCAGGAACUAUGGUUUGACGACGGAACUCUUAUCCUCAAAGCAGAGAACUCCUUGUUCAAGAUAUAUGGCGGUUUCCUCGCUGCCCGCUCCUCUGUCUUUCGGGAUAUGCUCGCUUUCCCUCCGCCAGCUGAGGGGAACCCACGGUUGGACGGGUGCCACAUAGUCACAGUAUACGACUCUGCAACUGAUAUGGCACUCUUCCUGAAGGCCGUCUUUGACUCAAGCUUUUUCGAGCCACCCCCGACUCCGACGGAGCUACACAUAGUCGAAGGAAUCCUCCGCCUCAGCCUCAAAUACGACGUCAACUAUCUCCGACGUCGCGCACUCCAGCACCUCCUGUCCACCUUCCCAACCACCCUCCAAGACUGGAAGCUACGCGAUAACAAGCGUACGAUACCCCCUGUCGACAAUACCCCCUUCGCCGCCUUCCGUGCGGCCCGAGAAUUCGACCUCGAUUUCCUAUUGCCAUCCAUUCUCUAUUGCAUGAGCAGCCAUCCAUUCGAGAAGACUCUCGACCAUUCCCCGUGGCGGGAUGGGCAGAUAGAAUUACCAUGGCCAGACAAGCGUCUGUCCAUUGUCGGACGCCAGAAAAUUCUCAUGUACCAGAGCCGAACGGCGCUGGGGAUGACGAAGGUGUCGUCUGUCCCCGUCGAGGGCUGCACGGGCGAGUCGUGCAUAACAACAAGGCUUAGGUGCGCCGAAAUUCUGAACGGAUGGGACAUGGCCGGCCUCCUCGACUAUUUCGAGGACAAUGCGAACGUCUACGCCCCGGACUUUUGUUCGGUCUGCCGUAGUGCCUUCGAGGAUAUGUGCAAUUCAACCAGCCAGACGCUGUGGAACGAGCUGCCUGCCAUGUUUGACCUUCCCAAAUGGGAGGCUUUAGAGAAGCUAAAAACCUUCGCAUUGGAAUGA